UCCACUUUUCCCCCUUAAUACCCUUACUUCCCAAAUCUGAUUUUCAACUUUCAGAUUAUCCAUCUAGGAGAGAGAAAAUCCAACCACCACCACAAACUCAACUUCACUCAACGCCGACCACGGCGGGAUCGCAGCACCUGUCGCCGGCGAACUGCAACUUCCGUUUUUUCUUGCCCACCACCCCUUUCCUGUUGCUCUUCUUCACUCAACGCCGACCACCCCUUUUCCUGUUGCUCUUCUUCUCGCAGCAGCCAACCACCCCCUUUCCUGUUGCUCUUCUUCUCGCAGCAGCCAACCACCCCCUUUCCUGUUGCUCUUCUUCUCGCAGCCAACAACCCGACCAACUUUCCGACGAACAAUCCAGCGACGACGACGGGGCAAGAAACAAUAGCUCACGGCCGACUUUCCUUUGGAUCUAGCAGCAGCAAUACCGGUAGAAUCAGAUGACGGGUCGCCGAAAUCCUGCGAAGGUAAGAAAAGAACCGCCGGCGACGAGAGCCAAGCAACCGGCGGCAAAGGGAGUGAAAAAACCGGCGAGGAAGAGGCUUGCACAACCUAUUAGUCUGCAAUGAGUCGUUUGUCCCCAUAAGACAAGGGGGUAGUGAAGAUGCCUGUGUGGCUAACCCAUAUGCUGACGAGGUUCUUCAGGCCGUGGAGGCCAAAAAGAAAGAGUCCUCGAGAAAAUCCGACGAGAAUUCCCCUAGAGUUACUAUAUGAUUCCAAAGGUUUAAUUUUGAUACACAAUGUUCAGGAGGAUCAUUGUGUAAAUUAAUUAAAGAAUUCUCUCCUGAACAAAAGGCAACUAUUCAAGAGAUAGGCUUUGGAGGAUUGUUAUGCCUUCUAUUAAGUCGAAAGAACACUCAAAUGAUGUACUGGUGCAUCAAAUGCUUUGAUGGAGUGAGUUCUUUGUUCACUAUCAGUGAUUCCAAGCAGUUUGAAAUCACUGAUUAUGAUGUGUACGAUUUGUUUAUGCUCCCCCUGUCUGAGCUGGAGGUUGAAGAGGUUAAACGCGGGCGCAAUUCUACUAAUCCUGAUUUGGAUUUGAAGAUCAAGUGGAGAAAAGAGUUUGGAUUUGAAGAAGUCAAUGCUCAAAUUCCUCUGAGGGUGCUUGAGGAAAGGAUCAAAUUGUUGACAGACGGUGGUGAUAUGUUUAAACAAUUGUUUGUUUUUAUUGCUUUUUCUACAUUUUUUACUCCUACAGCCAAUAGGACUGUAGAUUUACGAUUGUCUAAGGCUUUGGAAGAUCCUAAAAUGAUUCCCAAAUACAAUUGGUGUAAAUACGUUCUUGACGUAUUAUGUGAGGAAACUGUGAAAUUUAAAAAUUGUUUAUUGAAAGGCAAAGAUCAAAAGACAUUUGGAGGCAGUGUUGUGUUUUUGCAACUUGUGUAUUUUCAGAGGAUUAAGUUUAGGAAUUCCAGUAGUAUUCCUUAUCAAUUACCUCUUAUUCAGCAUUGGACAUCGAAGAUGGUAACUGAUCGGAUUCAUGCUGAAAAUGCAAAUAUGAGUGCAUUAUAUGGUUCUGGAAUUUUGGAGAAGGAGAAGUAUCCAAUUUCCAAAAAAUUUGUUUUUGUUGAUGGUCAAAUACAUUUGAGACAAAUAAAAUCUAUUUCCAAAGAAGGUGAACCUGACAGCAGUGGGAGAAGUGCUGAACAGCCCUCUGUUGGCCGUCGACGUCCAAGUCGGCGUCCUAGGAUUCUUCGGUUUGAGCUCCCUGAAUCUCAUCCUAGAGAUGAAGAAAUUCUCUCCAAAGCCACUGAUAAGUUUCAUGGUCAGUGGUUGUUGAUGAAGAGAGAUUUGGAUGUCGUUUCAGCCAUCCAUGCUGACGAGCUGUUCAAAAUACAGGCUUCGAUGGCAACGCAGAGCCAUGGUGAUGAUAUUUUGGAGAAUUCCACUUAUCAAAAGAUGGUUGAUGAGUUAGUGGAUUUUCAUCAAAUGGCGAAGAAUCUACCAAAUGGUUGGGAUGCUCUUUUUGAUGAUAGUAACAAUCCUGUUGUUACCGUUGCCCCACAACCUUCUGCUGUUGUUCCAACUGAGCCUGCAGUUUUGUCUACUGCUGCUGUUGUUGAUCCAACAACAUCUACCGAAGCAGUUGGUAAUCCAGCUCAAGCUACCUAUCAAAUAUAUGAAGUUUUUGAUUCUUUGAAUGCCAAAACUAAAAGAACUACGGAGGAUGAUGAUGAUGAAAUGGAUGAAUGUGAGCGCGUGUGGGCUGCAUUCCAAAAAUGCAUCAUUAACAACAAUGCUGUAUCCAAUGUGGAUGUGACUGUCUAUGGCAUAGAGGAAAACGUGCUGUUCAUGUAUCCGUUUAUGAUUGCAUUUGAAGAUUUAAUGAGACAUCUUCCAGCAUUUGUUCAAGAAGUUGUGGAUUUUGCUACUUUGUCUGAUGGAGAGGGUAUUUUGACUGAUGAUAAAGUUGUUGAAUACAAUCCAUUUAUUGCGGUAGCAAGAGAUGACAUGUGGACACUUCUUUCUACCUUUGAUAUUCUUUUGAUUCAUAUUGAAACAUGGGCUUUCUUAUUGAAUGAAAAUGAAAGGAAUUCUGCUGGUUGUCCUCAGAAGCUGUUUUUAGGUGGCACAUACUGUAAAUAUGUUGCUGCAUUGAUUGAGAAACCAGACGAUGCAAAAGUCCUGUCUGAUUUGUCUGUUUUCUUUCUUAUGGUGUGAAAGAUGUUAAUGCAGUUCAAUCUUUGAAAGAUAGUAAUAUGAUUUUUGCUCCUGUUCUGAUUGAAGAUCCGAAGCAUUACUACCUGUUUGUGGUUAGUAUGAAAGACAAAAGUGUCUAUUUCAUUGAUAAUAUGCUUCUUGAACCCAAAGAGAUUGAAGGAAGGAAGAAAUCUUUUUCUG